CUGUAUGUUGUGCUAGGCCUUAAAGUGUUCAGAUUUUAACAAACCACUUUAACUGCACUUUUGUUCUUCAAAGCAAGCCAACACAAGCAGGUCCACACUGUCACUGUUCACCUUCACUCCUCACCACAUCAAACCAGCAUACCUCCUGACGUGUGUGUGCGCACCACAACUCCACAAUGGCACUGUCCUCACGCUUAAAACUUUGGGAGCAAAAGAUCAAGGAGGAGAAGAAGCCACCCCCAGCCACUCAGCCUUCCACUCCUCUCUCUGUUGUACCUGGGGGAUUCCUUAAACAGCUGGUGAGAGAAACAGAGAAAGAGAAUCGGCUAAAAGAACCCGAGCUCAAAGAAGAGAAGGCGCCAAGCAAACUGAACGAGAACCUAGUCCAGCAGUUCCUUGUUCCAGACCAAACUCCACCCAUCCUGGAAGCAGAGAUGGCCCUUCGUGCAGAACAAAUGGUCAAGUUGGCACAAAUGGAGAAAGAAAACUCCUCCCCCAAAAAAAUUUUGACUCCAGACACCAAGAGUCAGAAAGGUGACUCCAAAGCUAAAACACCAGAGGUCAGUGACCAGGAGAGUCGCUGUAACCUGUUGAAGUCUCCAGAUGUGCCAGUAGAAAAAGAGGAGCCAAAAGAACAGAUAAAGGCACAAUUAGAAGUAAACUCUGGCAAGGGAAAUGAGAUCAGAGAAGCAAGACAAGAACCAGAGGGACAGCUUGCUGACAACAUUUUAACAGAGGAGCCCAAGAAACCUGUGAGAGAUGUAUGGUAUGAAGCUGGUACCGUGUGGAACACUCAUAAAAAUGGCUUUGCCCUUGCUACUCAGCUGAAGCCAGAUGAGGGCACCCUUGAACUUCCUGAUGGAAAAGUGAGGGUUCGACUUCAUACAGAUGGCUCUGUACACGAUGUUACACAAUUUGAAAUUGAAAAGGUAAACCCACCUGAGCUUGACCUGUGUGAGGACUUAAGUGAAUUAGUAAGUAUGAAUGAAUCAAGCAUCCUGCACACCCUGACAAGCCGAGCCAAAGCCCACAUGGCCUUCACACAUGCUGGACCAAACCUGCUGGCCCUCUGGCCUCCUUUACCACCACCUGGCAAGAGAUUAAGAAACUGCCCAUCUGAAGCUUCUGCUCCCCUGCAUACACUUGUGCAGAGGGUCUAUACAUCUAUGGUAAACCAACGAAGGGAUCAGAGUGUGGUGGCUUUGGGCCGCAGUGGCACAGGCAAAACUACCUUGUGCCAGACUUUUGCUCAGGAACUGAUUAAACAUGCUGGUACAGCAGGAGAAAGCCUUUCCUUGGAGCGUCUCCAGGCUAUGUUCACUGUGUUGCGUUCUUUCGGCUGUGUGAGCUCUCGUCAAAGUGAAGCCUCUACACGAUUUGCCAUGGUGCUUUCUUUGGACUUCAACCACAAAGGCCUUGCAGCAGCAGGACACCUUCAGACUAUGAUGCUGGAGAGGUGGAGGGUGUGCCACAAACCGGAGGGAGAGAGCAACUUCUUAGUCUUCUCUCAGAUGCUGGCAGGCCUUAGUGUGGAGAUGAGGACAGAGCUACAGUUGCACCAGCUACCUGAGAGUAACUCUUUUGGCAUUACCUGCCCCACCAAGGUGGAUGAAAAACAGAGGGCAACAGUAGAGUUUGGAAGACUCUUGACAGCCAUGAAAACACUUGGUUUUUCACCUGAUGAGCAGCGGGCCAUUUGGCAUGUUUUGGCUGGAAUAUACCACCUGGGUGUGGCAGGAGCAUGCAAAGUGGGCCGUAAGCAGUUUUUGAGUUUUGAAAGUGCACAGGCUGCCAGUUCUGUUCUUGGCUGUGAGGCAGAGGACCUUCACACUGCAGUGUUCAAACAUCACCUGAGAAAGCUGCUGCAGAGGGCCACUGCAGCCACAAGAGAGCACCCCACAUUUGGGGAACAAGAAGAAGGCCCAAGACUGAAUGCAGCUCAGUGUGUGAAUGGCAUGGCGUCUGGUCUUUAUGAAGAACUCUUUACUGCCAUUAUCUCUCUAAUUAACAGAGCUCUGUCCUCCCAGCAGCUAACGCUAGGCUCUGUGAUUGUGGUGGACACACCAGGUCUACGUAAUCCCAGACACAGUGGGGAAGAGCGAGCUGCUGGCUUUUCUGAGUUCUGUCACAACUAUUUGCAAGAGAGACUACUUGAGCACUAUUUCACACACACUUUCACUAACUCCCUUGAGAGAUACACACAGGAAAGAGUGGUUGUAGAUUUUGAGGCACCUGAGGAAAGCCCUAAAAAAGUAGUAUGUGCUAUAGACCACCCAGGUCUUCAGGUGCGAGGACCUGAUGGUGACUCUCGAGGUCUUCUCUGGGUGCUAGAUGAAGAGAUGCUAACCCCUAAUUCUUCUGAAAACAUAGUUUUGGAGAGGAUCUGUCAAUACUUUAGUGAUACAGUGCGCCUGUGUGAACAGCCUCUACAGUGUGAGAUUGCUCAUCAAAUGGGUUCUGACCCGGUCCGCUAUGACAUAUCUGGCUGGUUUGGUCUGCUCCAGAAUAACCCUUCUGCUCUUAAUGCCAUCUCUAUACUGCAGAACUCAACUAUUGGUGUGGUGAAAACUAUGUUUGCGCUACGAGCCUCAGUUCCGCCUCUGUGUAGGGGCCUGGGUGGUGUAGAAGGGGGUUCACAACGCUGUCUGGAAAGAAGCGGAACUGUACGGAAGACCUUUAGUGGGGGAAUGGCUGCUAUAAGGAGAUACUCAAACUGCAUCACUAUUAAACUGCAAGUGGAUGCUCUGGUAAACUUGAUUCGCCGGGCACAGCCAGUCUUUCUGGAGUGUCAUAGUGCUAAGGCCAGCAGCAUUGGGUUUGAUGUUCCUGCAUUGCGUGUACAGCUCCACUCUACUCACCUGCUAUCUGCUCUGCAGCUGUAUCGCACAGGCUACCCAGAUCAUAUGUCUCUAAGUGAUUUCCGCCACCGCUUCCAGGCCCUGUCUCCUUCUGUGAUGAAACGUUAUGGCUCGGUCUUCAUUACGCCGAAUGAGAGAACUGUGGUAGAAGAAUUGUUGAUUGAACUGGAUUUGGACAAGAAAAGCAUAGUAUUAGGAGGUAGCAGGGUGUUUAUGAAACGUGCUGUAUUAAGGUCUUUGGAUGUACAGAGGGAUGAUUUGGUUAGCAGCUGGCUUGUGCAGAUGCAGGCUGCCUGUACAGGGCAUCUGGCACGCCAACGAUACCGCCGUUUGAAGGUGCAGCAGAUGGCAGUGAGAUGUAUCCAGAGAAAUGUACGUGUUCUUUCCGAAGUGGCCAGCUGGAGCUGGUGGAAACUUCUGUCCAAAGUGCGCCCUCUUCUGGAUAUUAAUGUGGAUGAUCACAAACUCCGGGCCAAGGAGGAUGAGAUCACUGCACUGCGGAGGCGACUGGAGAAAUCUGAAAAAGAGCGCACUGAACUUAGACAGACUGCAGAAAACCUGGAGACUAAGGUAACGGCUGUGAUAUCUGAACUGAGUGAUGAGAGAUUUCGAGGAGAGGCCAUAAGUCAGGCCUUAGACACAGAGAGAGCAGAGAGACUUCGUCUCACCAAAGAAAAUAAGGAGCUACAGGCUCGUUUGGAUCAGGGUAAGAUUACCCUGGAGGCUCUAGAGAAGCAGCUCUGGGAGGAGAAGCAGAAAGCUAAGAGCAAAGAAGCACUGGGUGGAGUGGCUACAGAGAGUGAGCUGCAGCUGCAGUUAGAUUGUGCCCAGACAGAAGUGGAGUUUCUGCGCAGACGUCUGCGUCAGGCAGAGGAGAGGCUUGAGGCUGAGAAAAAGGCACGAGAACUUUUGGAUGCAAAGGUUUUGGAGCUGCAAGCCCAGCUGGAACAGUCCAAGCGUACUGUAACAGAGCUGAAGAGACACUGCCGGUGUGUGACAUCUGACUUGCAGGAUGCCCGGGUGAUAAUAGACAGUUUGCAGGCGCGUACACAUGAACUGGACAGAAAGCAAAGAAGGUUCGACAGUGAGCUCACCCGUGCUUUAGAGGAAGCAGAAAAUGAGAGAGAGCAAAAGGACAAGGCCAUCCAUGAGAGCACGACUCUUGGGGCAGAAAUCUUUUCAUUUCGUCGUGCGCUGAAGGAAGGCCAGGCAGAAGUAGCACACUUGAAGCAGCAGAAGGAGGAGCUUUGUGCUCAGAUUCGAGACCUGACUGUGCCCCUGAACCUCAGUUCUGACUCUGUGCCUGAACUAAAGAAACAGCUACGAGAACUUGACAGUAGAGACAAAGAGAACACUCAGAAGAUUGCCGACAUGACAGCCAGCAUGCAUCAGAAAGACCAGAUGCAUCUGCGCUUUGAAAUGGAGAUGGAGCGAAUGAAGCAGAUCCAUCAGAAAGAGCUGGAGGACAAGGAUGAGGAGCUGGAAGAUGUACAGAAGUCUUCACAGAGACGGCUGAGACAGUUGGAAAUGCAGCUGGAGCAAGAGUAUGAGGAAAAACAGAUUUUGGUGCAUGAGAAACAUGACUUGGAAGGACUGAUUGCUACAUUGUGUGAACAGGUGGGCCACAGAGACUUUGAUGUAGAAAAGCGCCUCCGGCGAGACCUAAAGCGUACACAUGCUUUGCUCAGCGAUGCCCAACUGCUUCUGUCUACCAUGGAGCAGACUGGGCAAAGUCAGGUCCCUGGCACCAAGGAACAACUGGAGAGACUGAACUUUCAGCUGAAGGAGAGUGAGGCACGGCGUCUGGAGACUGAAAAUAUACAGAAGACUCUGGCCAUGGAGCUGGAGAAUGCUCAGCUUGAGCUUGAGAGCAUCUGCAAACACAAGAGUCUGGUGGAUGAGCAAUUGGCUCAGCUGCAGUUUGAGAAAGCUGACUUGCUAAAGAGGCUGGAGGAAGAUCAGGAGGACCUCAAUGAGCUCAUGAAGAAACACAAAGCUCUGAUUGCACAGUCUUCUAGUGAUAUCACUCAGAUUCGGGAGUUGCAGACAGAGCUGGAAGAAGUGAAAAAGGAGAGACAGAAUUUACAAAAGCAGCUGCAGACAAAUUCAACACACUUGCAAUUCCUGGAGUCAUCCAUGGUGGCUCGGAGUAUUGUGAGUAAGCAAGAGGCACGUGUGUGUGACUUGGAGAACAAGCUGGAGUUCCAAAGAGGCCAGGUCAAGAGAUUUGAGGUUUUGGUUCUGCGACUAAGAGACAGCGUAGUCAGGUUGGGUGAAGAGCUGGAGCAGUCUGCUCAGGCAGAGGCAAGAGAAAAGGAGAACUCUCUCUACUAUCAGCAGAGGCUGUCAGAUAUGAGGCUGGAGAUGGAAGACCUCAGCCUCAGAGAGCAGGAAAGCAGCCAGCGACGCAUGGAGCUGGAAAUGCAAGUGGAAGAGCUUAAUGCAGUGCGACAGACUCUUCAAGCUGAUCUGGAGACAUCAAUUCGACGUAUUGCGGAUCUACAGGCUGCUCUGGAGGAGGUGGAAUCAAGUGAUGAAAGUGACACAGAAAGUGUACAGACUGCUGUGGAGUACUCUAAAAAAAGAGAAGUGGAUAGCGUGUCCAGUAUGGGCUCCACCAUUGGACCAGAGGACGUGGGUGAAGGCAUACGGAAGCUUGGAGGGCCACGUGGUGGGUACAGGGGUUCUGGGAGUGGAAGGUUGUCUUACACUGGAAGCCCCACUGGCCACCAGUCAGUGACUGACACAUCGAGCAUCUAUAGCUUCAGAUCUUGUUCUCAGGACAAUGAUACACCAGAAAGUUCUCGAGGACUGGCUAGAGCAUCAUCUUCCACUGCUUUAUCCGAGCUUUUGGAGGGCUUACGGAAGAAACGAGCAGGUUGGGAUAACAGUUCAGAGAUGGAUCAGGGCAGCACCAUAUCCCUACCCAUCUAUCAGACCACAGCUGCUUCCAACCUGCGCCGAAGAACCUCCACCCUCUCGCCAGACUCCAAAGAGGGCCUGGAGGAAGCAGUGCGGCCUGGCAUACUUAAAGUGCCCAGUCCCAGCUUGUCCCGUGCAUCCAGCCUACGAUCUUUGUCUGAAUCUUUGCCUACUGUUCCCUCAGUGAUGUCGGCUGGGGGCAAGAUAAAUCGCUUUAGCUCCUGUGACUCACUUACUUCAGCAGUGUCCUCUACAGGUCCCCGCCAACAGCUAUCAAACCUGUCCAUCCCAGAGGAAGGGAAUGAGGAGCCUGGCUCUAGAACGCUGCCUGCUGUAGGCUCAUAUCGUCGUCGAAUACUUAAAGGUGUGGCUGAAGGUGGAGGAGAAGCCCUGCUGGGAACAGAGUCUCUUGUAUUUCAGAAUCGUCACUUCCCCUGUAAUCCUGAAGCAGACAAAGAAAGGGUCAGUAGCGACAGCAACUUAGACAUUGUGCCUGCCAUACGUAGAUCACAGUCUGUUAGCAGUUUAGUAAGUAGCAGCUCCAGAGGGGGUCAGCGCCGCACCCUAAGUGUUCACUUCGGAGAACUGCCACCCUCUAGGGCAUCAUUCAGAGACUCCGAUUCUGACUCUUCUAGCUCUGGGGGCUCACAGCAGAAGCAUGGGCCUCAAGGAGAGAGGCUGGAAGCUGAGGGCAGUGAAGGAGAUAUCACUUCAGUAAUGAAAAAGUAUCUACGGAAAGCAGAAGUUGACUGAACAUGGAGAUCUGAAUUAACCUGGGCUCUAUCCAGAAUGCAACUGACCCAUGUUGCUCAACUUGGAACCUCAAUAAAGAUGCUGCACAUUUUGAACACUGUUUGUACACAUGAAUAAAAUUUUUUAAAAACUGUA